ACCGUUGCCCCGUCGGUACUCGGUAAAUUUCAGGUUGUUGUUGACUGUAGUUGUCCCGCCUAACCUGGUCAAAGUACCAUCAUUGUAAAACAUCGUCAUAAUAUUAAAAUAUUAUAAUGGUAAAUAUCUGGGUAUAGGAAAAUAUAUAAUAUUCACGCAAUCAGUAAUCACCCGCAGUCUGUGCUCACGAGUCCCCGAAGCAGCAAACUCGACCAUCGAUAAAAUUAUACCAAUCUCUCGCGGCUUUUUGGAACCCGGACAUUUGUAACUUCGUACGAGGGUUUUGAAAAAAAAACCCGUUUUCAAGAUCCUAAAAAUAUGGCACUCUCUAAUAUAGAAGCAUUGAGCUUGGCAAAUCAUGAUUUUUCGUUUUCUUUGUAUAAGGAAUUGGCCAAAACUGAAACGGGUAAUAUGUUUUACUCACCAUUCAGUAUCCAUGUGAUUAUGUUUAUGGCUAGYGUUGGAGCAGCUUCAAAAACCUUUGACGAAAUGAUAAACGUUAUACAUUUAAAUAAAACUACUCAUUCAAUGGAAGCAUAUAAGAAUUUAUUGGAAGACUUAAUAAGUGAAAAUGAUAACCUGAAACUGGCCACCGGAAUGUUCGUCGAUACAGCUUUUAAUGUUAAAGAUAGUUUUGUGGAAAAUUCUAAGAAAUAUUUAAAUUCAUCUAUGGAGAAAUUGAAUUUCAAGAACGAUCCUGAACAACAGCGCCAAUAUAUAAAUAAUUGGGUUUUAAGCAAAACCAAUAACAAAAUCAAAGAUUUAUUUCCCAAAGACUCUAUUACUCAAGCCACUGCCUUAGUAUUGGCAAAUGCUGUGCAUUUCAAAAGUGCUUGGGCUCAUAAAUUUAAUGAUGCAGAAGAUGACUCAUUUUAUGUAACUCCAAGCAACAAAGUAACAGUCAAAAUGAUGACUCUCGUGCACGAUUUGCAAUACUAUCAUGAUAGUGAUCUAAAAUUUGCUGCACUUGAAUUACCCUAUGAACACCAUGCUUUUAAAAUGAUAAUUUUGUUGCCCGAUGCUAAAGAUGGUUUAAAAGAUCUGGAAAAUAACUUUUCUAAAAUUAAAUUGCACGAAAUUUCAAAUAAAAUGACUCAACAUCAUGUGACAGUCAAAUUGCCUCGUUUUAAAUUAGAACAGUCACUCCAAUUAGAAGAAACAUUAUCUAAUCUUGGAUGUCCUACAAUGUUUACACGGGCUGCAAACUUUUCUAAUAUUGUUGAAGAUGGUGAUCUGUAUGUGACUAAAGUUGUGCAUAAGGCAUAUGUUGAUGUCAAUGAAUUAGGAACUGAGGCUGCAGCAGCUACAGGUGUGCAUUUUGCGUUAAUGAGUGCAUGGAUACCCGAACCGGCGCCGAACGUUGAUUUCCAUGCCGAUCAUCCGUUUGUCAUCAUAAUAGUCUCUCGUACGGAGGACGUAUUGUUUCAGGGCCGUGUUUCAAAACCAUAAUAGUCCAGAACACCAAUAGCUUAUUAUAUUUUAUUAUAUUUAUAUACCAUACCUAACAAAUAUUAUAAACAAUACCUACUUGUUUAUUGAUACGAUUAUUGUUUUUUUUUAUGUUUUACUUUAAAGCGAUACAUUAUUCUUAUCAUUUAUACAUUUCUAAACAUUUUUCAACAUUUGUUUGUAAUAUUUAAUAAUUAUUAUACUAACAUUUCUUACCUAAA